AAAAGGACGACAACCGAAAAAAGACCUUCGUCUCUCUGACUUGUUGCACGACAGUUCACUAUUCUCUGACACUUCCGAAGUGAAACUGUAAAACGUUCGUGGACGAGUCACUCUCUUAAAGUCUUUGACUCUCUUACCCAUUUGAUAUUAAUUCUUGCAGCUCCUUAGCUUCAUAUUUCUCUCUCUCAUCGAAACACUGGAAUCAUGAAAUUUGCUGUUGGUACCGUAUUCGCCCUCCUCGUGGCUGACAAGACGCUUGCCUUUACACCAAACGCCUUGCCGUCCCGGACAUCGCGCCGAACGAACAACUCGGCUCGAUACAUGGCCGUAGACGCUCCUCCGCCGGCGAGCAAUAACGAUUUGCCCGUCAUUCAGCAGAAUUCCUACGGCCAGCCCACCGACGUGCGUUAUUCAGACUUUUUGAGACUCGUCAACGCGGAUCGUGUGGAGAAGGUCACCUUCAGUGCUGACGGUACGCAGUUGUUGGGAGUCGAUGUAGACGGCGCUCGUGUCAAGAUUGAAGCACUCCCCAAUGAUCCGGAUCUGCUCACGUCUCUCACCACACACAAGGUUGAUGUCACCGUUCUUCCCGCUCAAGAAGCCAGUGGUCUCGGUGAACUCGCCCAGAGUCUCAUUUUCCCCGCCGCGCUCUUUGCCGGUCUCUUUUUCCUUUCCCGCCGCGCUGGUGGCGGUAUGGGAGGCGGCAUGGGCGGGCCCGGAAACCCCAUGGGGUUCGGCAAGAGCAAAGCCCAAGUACAAAUGGUCCCCGAUACCGGGGUUACCUUUGACGAUGUGGCCGGCUGCGACGGCGCCAAGCUCGAACUCGCCGAAGUCGUAGAUUUCCUCAAGCAACCCGAAGCCUACACCAAGAAUGGGUGCAAGAUCCCACGCGGUGUCAUCCUGGACGGACCUCCCGGUACCGGAAAGACCCUUCUCGCCAAGGCUGUGGCCGGUGAAGCUGGUGUUCCCUUCAUCAGUAUUUCGGGUUCUGAGUUUGUCGAAAUGUUUGUCGGUGUGGGAGCGUCUCGCGUCCGCGACAUUUUCAGUCAGGCCAAAAAGAACGCCCCCUGCAUUAUCUUUAUUGACGAGAUUGAUGCCGUCGGUCGCCAACGUGGUGCCGGUUUUGCCGGAGGUAACGACGAGCGCGAACAGACGGUCAAUCAGAUCCUCGUUGAAAUGGACGGUUUCGAUGGCAACCCGGGUGUCAUUACCAUUGCCGCAACCAAUCGCGUCGACAUUCUUGAUUCCGCCCUGCUGCGCCCGGGCCGUUUUGAUCGUAAGGUCACCGUUGAUCUUCCCGAUUUCAAGGGCCGCACCCGUAUUUUGGGUGUUCAUUCUCGUGGCAAGCCUCUCGAACCCGAUGUCGACCUCGAAGCCAUCUCCCGCCGUACCCCUGGUUUCUCCGGUGCCCAGUUAGAGAAUCUCAUGAACGAAGCUGCAAUUUCUGCUGCGCGUGCGGAAAAGUCCACCAUUGGCUGGGAACAGAUCGAUGGUGCCGUCGACCGUAUUAUGGUUGGUUUGGAAAAGAAGGGUGGCAACCCCCAGCUCAAGCAGAAAGAACUUGUGGCUUACCACGAAGCCGGACACGCCAUUGUGGGUGCCCUCGUACCCGACUACGAUCAAGUCCAGAAGAUAACCAUCAUUCCCCGCUCCAAUGGCGCUGGUGGUUUGACUUUCUUCGCUCCUCAAGAAUCUCGCCUCGAAUCCGGCAUGUACAGCAAACAGUAUUUGGAGUCGCAGUUGGCCGUUGCUCUCGGUGGACGUCUGGCGGAAGAAAUCAUCUAUGGUGAAGACAUGGUUACCACCGGUGCCUCCAACGAUAUCCAGCAGGUAGCCAACAUUGCCAAGCGCAUGGUCAAGGAAUGGGGAAUGAGCGACAAGGUGGGCCGCGUUGCGCUUUCGGAACCCCAAGGUGCCGGUCCGUUUAUGGGAAUGCAAAUGAUGCGUCGCUCAACCCAGUGGGGCAACCGCAUCAUGGGAACUGUCGAAGAAGAAGUCGAACGCCUCGUCAACAACUCAUACUUGGUGGCCAAGCAAAUUCUGAGCGAAAACCGGGAUUUGCUGGAGCACUUGGCGCAGACUUUGAUGGACCAAGAAGUCGUGUCUGCCGAAGAAUUCGAAAUGAUGCUGGUACAAUUCAAGGCCAAGACUAUUGAUUACAAGAUCAUCGGAGAGGAAAAGAACCGCGAACAGCUGCCCUUCCAGGGCAUGCCAGCACGCGUGUAAAAACUAUUGGUGAUUGGUUCCAUUUCCUAUAAAAACAUUUACAAGACUACUAGCUACAUGUACCUGCUUC